UUCAAUGUAGAUACCACACGGCAACUUGACGGACGGGGAAAAAUAACUAUGUGAUAACAUAUUUCGUAACGAGGGUCCAUUUCGUAGAAGUAGUGUGCCGUGUUUUUUAAAGGAUUAUUUCGACUUCUCCGUGACAAGACAAGUGUGAAUUUUCAGAGUUGAAAGUUGGAGGCUGGACCAAAUCUUCGUGAGCUCUGUACAUGUAAAUGUCUACAGGCAAGCUGGACUUGCCUUGUGGAGGAAUAUUGAUGCGACUCACGUGGAUUUUAUUUGUGUGUUUAGUGUGCGGGACACACUACCAUUUCGUUGAAGGACAAUGUGAUUGUCCAACAGAAUGUGCAGCCAGCUGUGCAGCAGGACAAUACUAUCAUGUCUCGGGAACAUGCGUAACCUGUCCACAGGGCUCAUACUGCCCAGCAGGAAGUAGUACAGCUAAGGCGUGUCCUGCCGGAACAUUCAACGAUGGCACUGGGAAGGAGGCAGAAAGUGACUGUCAGGACUGUCCACAAGGGAAGUACACAGAUGUUGCUGGUUCAACAAGCUGCAAAUCCUGCCCUGCUGGAAAGUCCUGCCCCACCAUCAAGACCUCAACUCCGGCAGACUGCGGCAAUGGCCAGUACUCACUAGGGGGCAGCACAGGCUGCACACCUUGUCCAAUUGGAUCAAAGUGUGUUGCCAAAGACCAGGGUCCUGUUCCAUGUGAUGAUGGCGACUAUACAUCAACCACAGGUCAGACAUCAUGUCAGAAGUGCCCCGCAGGAAAGGAGUGCCCCAGUCGGGGACCUGUUUCCUGUAAGGCAGGGUUCUACAGUGCAAAUGGUGAGGGGGCGUGUCACCCAUGUCCUCCUGGGCAGUAUGCAGCUGCAGCAGGUCUGAGUUCUUGCUCCCCGUGCCCUGAAGGUCAGAUGUGCCCUAAUGCCACUGCAGUGCCCCAGGACUGUGACCCAGGUUACAUUGCUGCACAAGGAAGUUCCAGUUGUACAUUAUGUGAAAUAACCAAAGUUCCAGACUCAAACAAAGCGACCUGUGAACUUUGCCCUGCGGGAAAGAAAUGCCUAAAUCCAGCGUCAUCGCCUGUGUCAUGCUCGGCUGGCUACUACUCAGAGCAGGGCGAUGGUGCCUGCACUCGCUGCCCCGCAGGAAGUUACUGCCCCACCACUACUGAAGCUCCAAAGGCCUGUCAAGCAGAUCACUACUCUGCUGAGGGUGCCAGGCAGUGCCUACAGUGUCCAGCAGGUUAUGGGUGUGCCACAGCUGCAGCUGUACCUGUCAAGUGUGCCGCUGGAAGCUUCAGUCCCGCAGCCUCCAUGACCUGUGACCAGUGUACUGCCGGGAACUAUUGCCCUGAGGGCUCGUUCGGUGAGAUCCCAUGUUCGCAGGGCUUCUUUGCGGACGUGGGAGCCAGCUCAUGUACCUACUGUCCUGCAGGGAAGUGGUGCUCCACAAGUGUCGCCACUGACUGUGCUGAUGGGACAUAUUCUCUUGAAGGAGCUACUUCCUGUACACCCUGCCCACCAGGCUUUGAGUGCCUUGACAAGAUGACCGCUCCAAAUGCCUGCACCCAGGGCUCGUACAACCAGGCUCCUAGACAAGUGAUCAGCUUCAACCUGAACGCAUCGUCCUCUGUGUGUCAACAGUGUCCAGGGGGCUACAUGUGCCCCACAACAACAGACAUGCCCACCAAGUGUAACGAAGGAUACGUCAGUGACCCUGGGUCAACAGAGUGUAUCCAGUGUCCACAGGGAAAGGCAUGUCCAAAUCUGGGAGAUAUGACUGCCAACUACGACUGUGAAGCUGGUUACUACUCCAUCGUGGGGUCAGUCAACUGCACUAAGUGUCCUGUGUCCAAGUACUGCCCCUCCACAACGGAAGCCAUUGAACACGACUGCCCGAGCGGUACCUACUCCCAGGGGAACCAGACAUCAUGCACUGUUUGCCCAGCAGGGAAAAAAUGUCCGAAGACCGAUGGGUCCAACAUUGAGGAUUGCGCGGCAGGGUCAUACUCCAUCGAGAGCUCCAUAAAGUGUACCAAGUGUCCUGCAGGGUAUGCCUGUCCCAGGACAGACACAGACGACCUCACUGAGUGUCCCAAGGGAACCUACUCCAAGGGCGAGCAGACGUCAUGCACAGCCUGCAAGGCUGGAUUUGCAUGCCCGGUGACGACAGAUGACGUAGAGACCAAGUGUCAAGAUGGAACGUACUCUGUUGGGAAUCAGACCUCCUGCACAAGCUGUAGGGCGGGAUACGAGUGCCCUGAUCCUGCCACUGGCACAGAGACGGAGUGUCAGUCUGGCUACUUCUCGCUGGGAAAUUCCAAAGAUUGCACUGUGUGUGACGAGGGCUACCGCUGCCCUACCCGAGACGAGGGACCCAUCCUGUGUGACGUCGGCACCUACAGUGCAGGUGCUGCCACCAACUGCACCACCUGUGAGGCUGGAUACUACUGCCCCGAAAGGGAAUUGUCUCGAAGAACCGAGUGUCCACCGGGAACCUACUCCAACCCAGGGUCUAUAUCAUGCACAAACUGUGAUGCUGGCUUCACCUGCCCUGUAGCCUCUACCAACCCCCGCCCCGGAGAUGCCUCUUGCUCCAAGGGAGGCUACUGUGACGGCAAGGAUUUCUUCCCAUGUCAAGCCGGCACCUGGAACCCCAUGAACGGAUCCAUCAGUCUAGAAGCAUGCGUUCCUUGUCCAUCAGGUUACUACUGUGAGGGGCCAGGUGUAGUGGACUACUCACUGUACCCAUGUCCUGAAGGCCAUUACUGCCUGCAAGGCACCAUCAUGAGGACUCAGUACCCAUGUCCAGGUGGCACCUUCAACAACCAGACAAACGCCACUGACACGACUGCCUGUGUCCCCUGCCCUCCCCGCAAGUACUGCCCUGCUGGGACAGUUAACCAAGGGCAGAACUGUCCUGCUGGUUUCUUCUGUGUCGGUGGUCAAGCCUCUGGCUUCCAGAACGCUUGCCCCAUCGGAACAUAUGGUCCAACCGACAGUCUUUUGAAUGCUACUGAGUGUGAGUCUUGCCCAGCUGGAUUCUAUUGUCCAUUUGGAUCUGAGUCUGAGCCCAUGGUGAACCCUAUCCCCUGUGAGCCCGGGACCUACAACCCAGAUCCACGGACAGGACAUCCCAUCAACUGCCUCCAGUGUACAGCCGGGUUCGCUUGUCCACUCAUCAACCAAACAGCAUCGACUCUGCCUUGUAGUGAAGGUCACUACUGCCCUGCUGGCACCGUAUCGCCCAACCAGUAUGCAUGUCUGCCAGGAACCUACACUGGACGCACUGACCUCACCUCAGCAGACGAAUGUGAUGCCUGUCCUGCAGGGCAAUACUGUGACUGGGGAAAUGGUGUGAGUUCUGGCACAAACCCACCCAAGCCAUGUAAGCCAGGUUACUUCUGUCCGAGCCAGACCCCAGCGCCAGACCGCUACCCAUGUCCUGAGGGAACAUUCAGUGACAGGGCAGACCUGACAGCCGCCUCUGAGUGUACAAAGUGCACCGCGUCCUUCUACUGUUCUGGAGGGGAGUCGACUACUACCGGCAUCUGUCCUCCCGGCUACUAUUGUCCCGAGGGCACCGCCUACCCCUUUGACUUUGGCUGUGAAAAUGGAACGUACAAUGAAAAGGAGGGAAUGGAUGCGAAGGCUGAUUGCAGACAGUGCACUCAAGGUCAUUACUGUGAGUUUGCGGUGACAGUGCCAGAGAAAUGUCCGAAAGGAACCUACAUGGAAUGGGGAGUGACCAAGGUUUCAGCAGCAGAUAAUAACAUAGCAACAGAUGAUUUGGUCACAGGAGGUGACCCAGCCAAAAGGGAAAAUGACUGUGUGGAAUGCCCUGGGGGAUCCUACUGCGGAGAGGAAACUGUCACACCAUCUCCUUGUGGAAAGGGAAAGUUCUCAAAACCUGGGCAGUCCGAUUGUGAAAUCUGUGAGAUUGGCCACUACUGUGAUGAUGACACGACCUCAAAGGAUGCCAUGCUGAACACCAAGAAAUGCCCUGCUGGCCGCUACUGCCUAACAGGCCUGUCUGGAGAACCAGAUGCCACGGACUGCUCAGUCGGGAGAUACUGCCCACAAGGAACUGUUGAAGAACUGAAGUGCCCUGUUGGUACGAUCCGUGAAACUGUAGGAGCUGGUGCCAUCACAGACUGUGCCCCAUGUACAGCUGGCUACUACUGUCAAGAAGGAUCAUCUGUAGAAACAGGAGAAUGUAUUAAGGGAUACUACUGUCCAACCAACUUGCCUAACCCAUAUGGUGCUUCGCCAACACUCAUUGGGAGUCAGGGUGACAAGCAGGAACCAUGUCCAGAAGGAACAUUCACAGAUGUGACAGCCACCCCUGACCUGGCCAGCUGCAAGGUCUGCACCGUGGGCCACUUCUGCCAGCAGGCCACCAGCACCCCAGAGGUGUGUCCCCGGGGAUACUACUGUGAGGCAGGGGCGGUCAAACCAGAGCCCUGCCCCAUGGGAACUUACGGAAACCGGACAGGUCUUGGCCAUAUGGAUAAUUGCACACAGUGUGACCAGGGUUGGUACUGUGAUGCCCCGGGUCUACUACAGCCCCGAGCUCCCUGUAACCCGGGAUACAUAUGUGUGGGAGGGGCAACAACGGCCGAACCCACCGACGGAGUAACUGGAGAAGUGUGCCCGGCGGGAGGAUUCUGUGUACUUGGAUCUUGGGUAGAAAAGCCAUGUCCUGCUGGCACGUACAGUAACGUGACCGGUGCUGUCAACAACUAUGACUGCCACGACUGUGACCCGGGUUACUACUGCUCUACUGCUGCUGGUGGCGCCCCCACUGGGCCCUGUGAGGGAGGAUUCUUCUGCACUGGUCAAGCUACCAAUUCCCGCCAACAUGUGUCCCAGCCAGGGUACUACUCCCUGAACGGCUCUGUGGCACAGACCGAGUGCCCCUUGGGGACAUACCAGGACAAGAAUGCAUCGGCAUCAUGCAUGGUGUGUGACCCUGGAUUCUAUUGCCCUGAAAAGAAGAUGACGGAACAGUACCCCUGCCCUGCUGGCAAGUACUGUGGAAAUGGCAGCAUCGUGCCCCUCGACUGUCCCCCUGGCUAUUUCUCCAAUGCAACCCACCAGGACAGUAUCGACGACUGCAUCAUCUGCCCCCGCGGCUACUACUGCCAGGACAGAGGCGCCACAGCACCAAAGGGGAAGUGCCUCGCAGGUCAUAUCUGUUUUGAAGGUGCCCUGGAUGAUGACCCUGUGUAUAAUAACGACACAUCAGGCAACAAGACUCUCAUCCUGUGGGGUGACACCUGUGAAGCUGGGUACUACUGUACAGAGGGUGUGGCCUUCAUGAUCCCCUGCCCCCGGGGCACCUACAACCCUGACCGCCAGGGCAGGUCAGAGGAACAAGCCUGUAAACCAUGUGACCCGGGGAAGUACUGCAACGGAUCAGCCCUCAUUGAACCAACAGGGCCAUGUAUUGCUGGAUACUACUGUACCGGUGGUGCAUGGAUUCCUGACCCCAUCGACUCCAGUGUCUCCAACGACACCGGUGCCAUCUGCCCUAUGCAUCACAUCUGCCUGGAGGAUUCAGACCAGCCCAAGCAGUGCCCCAUUGGCUACUUCGCUAACAACACUGGGCUCUCUGCAUGUGAGCUGUGUCUGGCAGGGUUCAUCUGUCUGCCAGGGGAAGCGCCAAGAGUCUGUCAGCAAGGUUUAUACUGUAUUGCCAGUACAGCAAGCAUCCCCACCAAGCAGGGGACUCCGUGUCCGAUUGGGACAUACGGGAAGAACGAUGGUCUGGAGGCAGAAGCAAACUGUACAUUGUGUGAUGCAGGACACUACUGUGCUUCCGAAGGGUUGACAAAUGCUACUGGGAUGAUAUUUGCUGGAUACUGGUCAAUCAUCGGAUCAUCAACACCAACGCCAGAAGAUACUGAUAAUGAGAACAGGGGGCGCUGUCCCAAAGGCUUUUACUGCCCAGAAGGAAGUAUCUCCCCUACAGCGUGUCCACGGGGAAGGCUUGGUAAAUUUACCCGCAAGACGAAGGAGGACGAGUGUGAGCUGUGUGACCCUGGGUUCUACUGCCCCUACUACAACAUGACUGAGACGACUUUGCAGUGUAGUCCAGGCCACUACUGUAGCAUCGGGUCCCCGGAACCAUCACCCAUCAACCAGACCUACGGAGACAUCUGUCCCACAGGAUACAAGUGUCCAGCAGGAUCAAGUGUCCCAACUGCAUGCGAUGCUGGAACUUACUCCAAUGAGACGGGCCGUUCUGCCUGCCUUGACUGUCCAGCUGGUUACUACUGCCCCGUCAACACCAGCAACCCCUUCCUGUGUCCCGAGGGCUAUUGGUGUGGACCCAAGUACCAGUCGGCCUUCCAGACACCUUGUCUGGAAGGAACCUACAACAACGCCACAGGAAUGAGUGCAGCUUCAAAUUGCCUUCACUGUCUGCCAGGGUUCUACUGUGCCUCCCAGGGUUUGGCUGUACCGACGGAUGAGUGUGACCCAGGCUGGUACUGCAGUGGUCGAGCCAAGUCUGCUCAGCCAGCUACAAUUGUUGAAGGCGGACAGUGUACCCAGGGGCACUUCUGUCCACGAGGGAGUUCUCUUGAGAACCCUUGCACACCGGGGAUGUACUGUGACAAUGUGGAGUUGUCUGCUCCAACUGGCAACUGCAGUGAAGGCUACUAUUGUUCCGGAGGUUCUCCAACACCCACACCGGUUGGACAGAGCUAUGGUGACCUGUGCCCUCUUGGUCAAUUCUGCCAUGAUGGAAGCGCCAACGGCACAUUCUGUCCUCCAGGAACAUACCUCAACACAACAGGGUCAAGGUCAGAGAGUGACUGUAUCACAUGUCUACAAGGCUUCUACUGUGCAGGCUACGGCAACGUUGACGCUGACACAAAGUGUGACGCAGGGUACUACUGCCCUGCUGGCAUGAACAUCUCUAACCCUGCUGAGUACACAUGUCCUCAAGGUCACUACUGUCCGGAAGGCAGCCAUGAGGCAGUGCGCUGUUCCAGCGGAACCUACCAAGAUGAAGUCGGCCAAGGACAGUGUAAGCCGUGCCCAGCAGGAUUCUUCUGUGACAACACUAUGGACCCCGUUGUCCUCUACAACAGCACCUACUGUCCAAUGGGAUACUUCUGUCCAGCUGAAACCAAGUAUGCCGUGGAACACCCAUGUCCCCUGGGGACAUUCAGCAACCACACGGGUCUGCAGGAGGAGGCAGAUUGUGUCCCUUGUCCCGGAGGCUACUACUGUGAUAUGGCUGCCCAGACCACCUUUACCAGCAUCUGCCAGGCAGGUUACUACUGCCGUCAGUUCGCCAAAUCAGGCACACCCUCCCAGGGCUACGAUGCAGACCAGUGUCCUGUGGGUCACUACUGCCCACAACAAACAUCCGAGCCCCAGAAAUGUCCGCUAGGGUCCUACUCUAAUGCUGUCAAGCUGACAUCUGUGGAUGAAUGCCUCAACUGCACUGCAGGUUACUACUGUGGUGAACUGAAUGCAACAGCAAUAAGUGGUCCAUGUGAGGCUGGCUACUAUUGUCCCAAUCGAUCCUCCAGCUCCCAGGAAAACAUUUGUCCUCCUGGCUACUACUGUCCAGCCGUCAGUGAAGUACCUUUACCAUGUCCUAAAGGAACCUUCUCCAACUUUACGACUGUAAAGAUGAAGAAUGAAUGCUCUGCAUGUCCAGGAGGAUAUUACUGUGAGACAGAUGGACUCUCAGAACCUACAGGGCUGUGUGGAGAAGGGUAUUACUGUCCAGUGGGAUCAAUCUACAAGGAACCAAACGACACCUACUGUCCCAUCGGACAUUACUGCCCAGAGGGUGUAUCUGCAGCCAUUCCGUGCAGAAACAACAGCUAUGUGAACCACACCCAUGCUGUGUUAUGCUAUGACUGCCCAGCAGGCUACUACUGUAAAGGUCAAGGACAGAAUGCCAUCUGUCCAAUCGGAUACUACUGCCCAUCAGGAACAGGUCUUGAUUGGCUGUCCUGUCCCCGAGGAACGUACAGUGACGUGGAUGGCUUGUAUGCAGAAUCCCAGUGUAAGCCCUGCCCAGGAGGAAAGUACUGUGAUGGGGAACAUCUAGAUUCACCCACUGGGGACUGUGCCCAAGGACACUGGUGUGUGGCAGGCAUUGAUCGUGAAUAUCCCAAUGGUGUCAAUCAGACUAAUCCUCUCAACAAUACGUGUUAUGAUGAUCGUCAGGUGGGGUUCGGAGGUAUCUGCCCCGUUGGACAUUACUGCCCAGGAGGAGUGAGUAGCGUGUUCCCAAUUCCCUGUGAGAAUGGAACAUACGCAGAUGUGGAGCGGCUCGACAAGUGCAUCUCCUGUCCAGAAGGCUACUACUGCCCUGCUGGGACGGCCAACUACACAGAUUUCCCCUGUGAGAGUGGACACUAUUGCCCCAACAACACACAGCGCUGGAAUGAGUUCCCUUGUGAUGCAGGGACUUUCAACAACAUAAGAAGAACAAAGAAAGCUGACUGUCUCACCUGUACAGGAGGACAGUACUGUGCUCAGACCGGUCUUUCCACACCUUCAGGAUUAUGUGAUUCUGGAUACUACUGUGUUAAUGGCUCAAUGACAGCAACUCCCUCUGGUGUCGGUGGUGACCAGUGUGUAGCAGGCUACUUCUGCCCAGAGGGAUCCACCAACCCUACCCCCUGUACCCCGGGCCACUACUGUGCCACUGACAGGCUGAGUAACACAACGGACCUCUGCAACCCUGGCUACUACUGCACAUCUCUUGCCACAGUUGGUAACCCUACAGAUGGAACGACAGGUGAUAUCUGUCCACAUGGCUCCUACUGCCCUGCCGGCAGCCCCUCCCCAAGUCUCUGUCAAGCUGGAUUCUUCCUCAACAGUACAGGGAACGAUGCUGAGUCGGACUGCACCGAGUGUCUCCCAGGACAGUACUGUGCUGGAGGCGGCAAUGUUGUUCCUGAUGGUCUCUGUAGUGCUGGCUACUACUGUCCAGGAGGUCGAGACUCAGCUACACCCCCAGGCUACAACUGCAGCAUGGGACACUACUGCCCUGAAGGAAGUCCUGCCGAGCUCAGAUGUCCUUCUGGAACAUACCAAGAUGAACUUGGUCAGGAGUUCUGUAAGUCCUGCCCAGCUGGGUUCUUCUGUGACAGUGUGAAGGAUCCUGUGGUCCUCUUUAACUCGUCCUCAUGUCCCCAAGGCCACUACUGUCCUGUCAACACAACACGGGCUAAUGAGUUCCCUUGCCCAUUCGGGACAUUCAACAACAUCACAGAGAAGACAGAAGUGGCAGACUGUUUACCAUGUACUGGAGGAAUGCACUGUAGCUCUGAAGGUCUGGCUGAGCCAGUUGGGCCCUGUGACGCGGGUUACUUCUGUACAUCAGGAUCCAACAGCUCCACGCCAGUGAUGGGAGACAAUGCCGACAUCUGUCCAACAGGGUUCUACUGUCCCCAGGGCAGUGUUGUAGCCCAGUCAUGUCCUCCGGGCACCUUCAACCCCACCACGGGCAGACAGAGUGAGGCGGAGUGCACUAACUGUACUGGGGGCUCCUUCUGCCCCGAUUACAACAUGACUGCAGCAGGAUCUCUCUGUUCACCAGGCUACUACUGCCCAACAAGGGCAGACAAUGCCAAGUUCAUCCUCUGUCCGGAAGGCUCAUACUGCCCCGAAGGAACCGACCUGCCCAGACAGUGUCCACCAGGCACGUUCUCAAAUGCCACUGGUCUGACCAGCUCCAGCCAGUGUACCCUAUGCCUGGGAGGCUACUACUGCCCUGAUCCAGGUAUGACAGAAGCCACAUCAACAUGUUGGGGUGGCUACUACUGUCCUAACAACAUGUCUGUACCCAACCCUGUGGACAACCUGUGUCCUCGAGGCUUGCACUGUCCUAAUGGAAGCGAGAUAUACAAGGAGUGUUCCCCUGGCACUUACACCAACCACACAGGAGCAUCAGCGUGUUCCCCCUGCCCCAUGGGCUUCUACUGCCUUCCUGUACAACCAGAGAAUGCCACCCUCAAUGCCCAGCCUUGUCCUGCAGGAUACUACUGUCCAGAAGGUACUGGUCCGGACUGGACGUCUUGCCCCAGCGGGACUUUCAGUGACCAGGAGGGGCUGUAUGCCUUGUCACAGUGUACACCAUGCCUUGGAGGACAGUACUGCAUGGGGGAGCACCUCACCACACCCACUGGAAACUGUGCUGCAGGAUACUUUUGCACAUCUGGAGUUGACCGCCCCAUGCCUGGAGCCAGUAAUGACAGUACUGCCAUCAACUGCACUUGCCCAGAACAGGCCUUCCAUAAGGGUAUCGGUGGCGUGUGUCCGCUCGGCCACUACUGCCCUGAGAUGAGCGAGAAAGCCCAGCCGUGUGCAGCAGGAAGCUUCGCAGACAAGAUCGGAAUGGAGGCUUGCAGCGUGUGUCCCCAGGGUUACUACUGUCUGGCCAACUCAUCGGAGUUCCUCAGUUCACCCUGCCCAAUGGGCCACUAUUGUGUCAACGGCACAGAGUUUGACACCCAAUACAAGUGUCCAGCGGGCACUUACAACCCAGUAGAUAAAGCCACAGAACUUGCCGACUGUCUCAAUUGCCCUGGGGGCAAGUAUUGCCAGGGUGAAGGCAACAUAGCACCAACCGGCAACUGCAGCGAGGGAUGGUACUGUUCGGGAGGCUCCGACUCACCCAACACCACCACCAAUGGAGGACAAUGUCAGGCAGGAUACUACUGUCCUGAAGGCUCCUCUGACCCUCAGCCCUGCCCUGGGGGCAAGUACUGUCACAUCGCUGGUCUGGCGGCUCCCACAGAUAACUGCACCGCAGGCUACUACUGUAUCCUGAAGGCAACCGAUGCCAUGCCCACUGACGGCACAACUGGAGACCUAUGUCCUGCAGGCUUUUACUGCAUGUCGGGAUCAGCAGCGCCCUCUCCAUGCAGUCCCGGCACCUACAGCGGCAGCACCCACAACACCGACCCCGCGGACUGUGUCACCUGCUCCUUUGGGGAGUACUGUGGAGACUACAAUCUGACUCUCACAUCAGGAAACUGCAGUGCUGGAUACUACUGUCCCCAAGGGGAGAGAACUCCAAAUCCAUAUCUCUGCACUGUCGGCCAUUACUGCCCUGAACACAGUGCUUCCCCAACUAUCUGCCCCAGCGGCUUCUACCAGGAGAAUACAGGGCAGUCCACCUGUGAUGAGUGCCCUGAGGGCUACUACUGUGACAACAGCUAUGGAGUUGUGUACGUCAACGACACCAUCAAAUGUCCUGAAGGGUAUUACUGCCCAGCAGGUACCCAGCGCAGUGACCAGUACCCCUGCCCCCUCGGGACCUUCAACAACCUGACUGGCCUCAAGUCAAGUAACGAGUGUACACCAUGCUCUGGAGGCUACUACUGUGGCGUCGUCGGACAGUCACAACCCACGGCGCUCUGUGCUGCUGGCUACUACUGUAAACGGUUUGCCAUGUAUCUCACACCAAACCAGACUGGAGAUGCUGAUGUCUGCCCACAAGGUUCCUACUGUCCUGAAGGUACUGCAGACCCCGUGCCAUGCCCUCCAGGAACAUUUGGUGCUGCAGAUGGUCUUGAGAGUGAACCUAACUGUACUCAGUGCCUCUCAGGACGAUACUGUGAGACUCCAGGACUCACCGAUACUGAAGGACCAUGCUCUGCUGGCUACUUCUGUGUUGUGGGGUCAAGUUCAAGGACAAGUGAGAUCUGUCCAGAAGGGAGGUUCUGCCCUGAAGGAACUGGAGUCCCUGAACUAUGUCCAGAGGGCACAUUCAACCCCUACACUGGUAUCAACAGCUCAGAUGGCUGUACACCCUGUACUGAAGGUCAGUUCUGUGACCUGGCUGGACUCAAUGUCACAUCUGGAGCAUGUGAGCCAGGGUUCUACUGCCCACCUGGGCAGAAUGCCUCCAGACCUUCCGAUUAUGUGUGUAUUGUUGGACACUACUGUCCACUCAACUCAUCGCAACCUGUGCCAUGUGCCAAUGGAACCUACAUGAACCACACUAUGGCAUCUGAGUGCUACAUUUGCCCAGAAGGAUGGUACUGUAUCAAGGGUGACCUGGUGCAGCAAUGCCCUGAAGGCUACUAUUGCCCUGAAGGAACAGGCAUCAACUGGCAGCCUUGUCCACAUGGAACAUUCAGCAACACGACUGGCCUGGCCUAUGAGAGCCAGUGUGAACAGUGUACUGGUGGUUAUUACUGUAACCAACGUGCAGCCAUAGCUCCUGCAGGGAUGUGUGAUGAGGGAUACUUCUGUGAAUAUGGCCUUGACCGUGCCAGACCAAGUGGAAAUAACUCUGCAGUUAUCAUCGGAUCAUGUGCUGAUGCAGGUAUUGAGACUGGAGUGGGUGGAAUCUGCCCCGUUGGUCACUACUGCCCCCAGGGAACAUCACACCCCAUCCCAUGUGGCCCUGGUUCCUACAGCAACAUCACCGGCCUGGCUGUGUGUUACACCUGCCCUGCAGGGUACUACUGUCUGGAAGGAGCAGACAACUACUGGAGCACCCCCUGCCCAUCAGGUUACUACUGCCGUGACGGCACCACCGCUGCACAUCAGUACCCCUGCCCUGCGGGGACCUACUACAACCUGACCAUGGCACGGGAUGUCAUGGAUUGUCUCCCCUGCCCAGGAGGAGAGUACUGUGAGACUGAUGGGCUCAGCAUCCCCACGGGGAAAUGUGAUGAAGGUUGGUACUGUACGAGCAACUCUACCUCCAAGGCGCCUGUGGACCCUGAGGGAGGAGAGUGUCAGCCAGGAUUCUACUGCCCUCUUGGAUCCUAUGCCCCUGUACCAUGUGACCCAGGAACUUACUGUCAGGUUGCCAGCCUUGACCUACCCACUGGGAACUGCACUCCAGGCUACUACUGUACCCUACAAGCUAGCACUCCCACCCCUACUGAUGAUGUGACAGGGAACAUCUGUCCUGUCGGCCAUUACUGUCCUGAAGGAAGUGGUGCUAAGCAGCCGUGCAUGAUGGGAUACUAUCUGAAUGUGACAGAGCAGGAUGCGGAGUCUGACUGCAAACUGUGUACAGCAGGGAUGUUUUGUCCAGGUUCAGGGUUGGAGCUGCCUGUUGGGAGCUGCAGCGCUGGAUACUACUGCCCAGGGGGAGACAACUCAUCCACUCCAUAUGAUACAAGAUGCCCUGUAGGCCACUACUGCCCCGAGGGAAGUCCUGCUGCCAUCAGGUGCGAGAACGGAACCUACCAGGACCAGGAGAUCCAAUCUUCUUGCAAGACCUGCCCUGCCGGCUACUUCUGUGACAACACCAUGAGCAUCGUCGUCCUGGACAACUCCACCACCAUCUGCCCAAUGGGAUACUACUGCCCAGAAGGAACACGCUUCAAUCAGGAGUUCCCCUGUCCUGUGGGCACAUACAACAACCUCACUGGUCUGUCAAUGGAGAGUCAGUGUUCACCCUGCUCAGGGGGAUUCUACUGCCCCAACCCAGGCAUGACCCAGCCCACCAACCUCUGCUCUGCUGGCUACUUCUGUAAACAGUAUGCCAACAUCUCAGCUCCAGACCAAGGAGCAGACGCGAACAUCUGCCCUGUCGGCCAUUACUGUGUGGAGGGCACAGCUGACCCCUACCCCUGUCCAAAGGGAACAUUUAACAACCGAACUGGUCUGGAGAAGGAAGGGGACUGCACUCUGUGUACAGCAGGCGCAUACUGCGAGGAUACUGGCAUGAUUGAAGUCAGUGCACCAUGUGAAGCAGGCUACUACUGUGUCUUGGGGUCCAACCAUUCACGUCAAGACAUCUGCCCAAUUGGGAACUACUGCCCCGAGGGUUCUGGAGCCCCGACCCCCUGCCCUGCUGGAACCUACACCAAUACAGAGGGCCUAGCCAACGUCACUCAGUGCACAGACUGUGAUGAAGGGAAAUACUGCAAUGACACAGGUCUGUCAGCACCAGUGGAUGACUGUGACCCAGGCUUCUACUGUCCUGGAGGUGACCAUGUCCGGAAUCCUGUGGAGACACCAUGUCCAAUUGGUCUGCACUGUCCUCUUGGGAGUGGACAGCCUGUCCCAUGUGAAGCUGGAACAUACACCAACUUUACCCAGGCUGAUCAGUGUCUCAUCUGCCCUGCUGGGUUCUACUGUGUACCAGAAGAAGUCAUUGCAGGAAACUCAUCUUCUGGAUAUCGUCUCUGCCCACGUGGGUUCUACUGUCCAGCUGGAACCGGACGGAACUGGACAGCAUGUCCUGCUGGGACCUACAGCAACAUGCUGGGUCUGAUGGAUGUGUCAGAGUGUCUGCCAUGCACUGGGGGACAAUACUGUGACACCACCAACCUCACCGCACCGACUGGCGACUGCAGCCCCGGCUACUACUGCACGACAGGCGUUGACACCCCAACACCCACUGGCAACCAUACUGGAACCGGAGGCAUCUGCCCUAUUGGACACAAGUGUCCAGGAGCUACUGUCAUCCCAGAGGGCUGUGAAGCUGGAACAUAUCAGGACAAGGACACCCAGCCAUCUUGCGAGACAUGUCCCGCUGGUUACUACUGCAUCGCCAACAGCACCACCUACAGCGACAAACCUUGCCCGUCCGGAUACUACUGUCUGGAUGGGACACAGUAUGACAUACAGUACCCCUGCCCACAGGGAACAUUCAACAACCUCACAGCCCAAGGAAACCUGUCCUCCUGCAGUCCCUGUACCCCAGGGUGGUACUGUGGCUCGCCAGGGCUCUCCACCCCCACAGACCAGUGUGACCCAGGAUGGUACUGUACCUCAGGCUCAGCCCAACCCACACCAUCCAGCCCUGAGGGUGGACAGUGCUUGGCAGGAACCUACUGUCCGAGGGGCAGUGCAGCACCAUUGGGCUGUGACCAUGGAAAGUACUGUGAUAGCAACAUGAUGGACACACCCAGAGGACCUUGCAUGGCAGGAUAUUACUGUGAUUCAAACUCAACCACAGACAGGCCAACUGGAACUGGAGGUGACCGCUGCCCAACUGGUCACUACUGUGUUGAGGGCACUGGGUCCCCAAGUCCAUGUGAUCCCGGAUUCUAUCAGCCCAGUCUGGGAGCUCAGAACGUCUCCUGGUGCAUCAUCUGUACUGCCGGGAAGUACUGUAACCAGAGCGGCCUCGAGGCUCCCGAUGGUGACUGUGACAGAGGCUACUACUGCCCCGAAGGUCAGAAUGUCCGCAACCCAAGUGCAUAUGAGUGCCAGGGAGGGUACUACUGCCCAACAGGAUCCAGUAACCAGAUUAUGUGCAAGUCCGGCACUUACCAGGACCUCACUGGCCAAUGGGAUUGCAAGGAAUGUGUGGCUGGAUUCUACUGUGAUAAUGCUGUUGGACCAAUCACAUCUUACACACCAUACAGCUGCCCAGAAGGAUACUACUGCCCCAAUGGCACGAAGGUAGCGACAGAGUUCCCCUGUCCCAGUGGCACCUACAACAACAUGACAGGACUGAGAGCUGACACUGAGUGCCCAUUCUGUCUAGGUGGCUACUACUGCCCAGCAGGUACCGUGUACCCAUCCCUACCCUGUACAGCAGGGUACUACUGUCGCACAGGAAGCAUGACAGCAGCUCCGACACAGGGCCUGGAUGCAGACCGCUGCCCAGUGGGCCACUACUGUCCUGAACAGACCACAGAACCAAUCAAAUGUCCUCCUGGAACAUACUCCAACAACACACAGCUGAUGAACGUCACUGACUGCACAUCCUGUACUAAAGGCUGGUACUGUGAGAUCUCUGGUCUAACAGAACCCACAGGGAAAUGUUCCCCUGGCUUCUACUGUGUGUCUGGUUCUGACAACAAGGCCCCCGGAAUCUGCACAGCAGGACGCUACUGCCCAGAAGGGACUCACACACCAGAGAAGUGCCCUACGGGUACAUUCUCCAACACCACAGGGCUGAGUGCCGUGGAGAACUGCACAGACUGUACGGCUGGGUUCUAUUGUCAGAGUGCCGGCCUCACUGCAGAGGAGGGCAAUUGUACCCAAGGCUACUACUGCCCCACAGGUUCAACCAUGCCUACAGCAGUUAUCUGCCCUGUUGGCCUACACUGCCCCACAGGAUCAGAUGAACCCAGGUCCUGCCAGCCAGGAUACUUCACCAACAGGACAGGACAGUGGAUCUGUGACAUAUGUCCCGAUGGUUUCUUCUGCCUACCGGAGAAUGUGACAGCAGGUGUGCCAACAUCCGGGCACUUUGACUGUCCCCCUGGAUACUACUGCCCCUCUGGGACAGGUCUUGACUGGAAGCCUUGCCCCAUGGGCACAUACAGCACCCAGACCAACUUGUACAUGGUGAGUCAGUGCAAGGACUGUGACGGAGGCCAUUACUGCUCCAUAGAGGGGCACACCAAUGUCACCGGCCUCUGUGCUGCAGGCUACUACUGUCAGUCUGGAGUCGACCGACCAAACCCUGACAAUGAUGCAACCAACAGUUCAUACCCAGCAUCCUGCCCUCUGAUUGGUGGACACACAGGUUAUGGAGAUGUCUGUCCUAUUGGGUACAUGUGUCCUGAGGGAAGCGAACAGCCUGUGGGCUGUACAGCAGGAACAUACCAGGAUGAGGAGAGACAGAGCACCUGUAAAGUCUGUCCUGCAGGUUACUACUGCGUGUCAAACUCCUCAGACUACCAGAACCAACCAUGUCCAAUGGGUCAUUACUGCCCAGCGGGAACCAUGCGCAAGGAUGAAAACAAGUGCCCAGUUGGAACUUUCAACCCAGAUAACUCUUCCACCAAUGCCUCUGCUUGUCUCCCCUGCACAGCUGGUUUCUACUGUCAGACAGAAGGGUUAUCUGCCCCUACUGGCAAGUGCAGUGUCGGAUGGUUCUGCCUAGGUGGCGCUGUCCAGACAAAUCCGACAGACUCAGCUCAGGGAGGGAAGUGUCGCAGAGGCCAGUAUUGCCCUGAGGGCAGUGUCAACUAUACCCUCUGUGAUGGCGGCAAGUACUGUCAACAGGAGAGACUGGAAGCACCCACAGGAAACUGCACACAAGGGUACUACUGUAUCCUGGCAGCUGAAUUCUACCGCCCCACCGAUGGAGUGACUGGGGACAUCUGCCCCAUGGGGCACUACUGUCCAGUAGGAAGUCCCAAACCUGUCCCCUGUCCAAUAGGGUACUACCUGGACAGCACACGGAACAGUGACCCCUCUGCCUGCAAGAUCUGCACCCCAGGCAAGUACUGUGAACAAGAAGGAUUAGAAUCACCAAAUGGGGACUGUGCCCCUGGCUUCUACUGCCCAGCAGGGGCCAUUGUGGCGACACCCGGCAACAACUCCUGCCAACCUGGAUACUACUGUGUGGGCGGCAAAGAAGCACCUGUUGCCUGCCCUGCCGGAUCAUACCAGGAUCUGCCCCAGCAGACUGACUGCAAUGUAUGCCCUGCCGGCUUCUACUGUAACGCCACUGCCGGCCCUGUGGUCAGCUACGAUGGAACCAUCUGCCCAGAGGGAUACUACUGCCCUAAUGGAACACAGUAUGCCGACCAGUACCCUUGUCCACUGGGAACAUACAACAACAGGACAGGCCUCACCAGUGCAAGUGAAUGCUCAGUGUGUGUCGGCGGAAUGGCAUGUGACAUGGAAGGCCUCACCUAUCCCAUCAGGCCUUGUGAUGAAGGGUACUUCUGCCGAGAAGGUUCAAAGUCAACAACACCUAGUCAAGGAGUCCAGGCAGACAUCUGCCCAACUGGCUACUUCUGUCCUCAAGGGACUGCUGACCCCCUGCCAUGUCCUCAGAGGACCUAUAACCCCAGCAUUAACAUCUACAGGGAGGACCAGUGUGUCAACUGUACUGGAGGAUCGUUCUGCAACCAGACAGGAUUGUCUGCUCCAAGCGGGCUGUGCAGUGAGAAAUACUACUGCCCAACGGGGUCUGAGGUGGCCACUGAACUUGUGUGUAUCGAGGGCCACUAUUGUGCACUUGGUACCCACUACCCGGCACAGUGCCCCAAUGGGACCUACUCCAAUCAGACUGGCCUGGCGUAUGAGAGUGAAUGUACCGACUGCCUCCCUGGGUACUACUGUAACGGCUUUGGGCUGACGGCGCUCAGCGGUCCGUGCAAGGAAGGCUACUACUGCCCUGUUGGGUCAAGUGUGGAGACACAGAUCAUCUGUCCUGCAGCCAAGCAGUGCCCUCUUGGCAGUGCUGCUCCGCAAGACUGUCCCGCAGGAUUCUUUGUGGAUUAUGAUGGUGCUUCCCAGUGUCAACCAUGUCCAGAAGGGUAUUACUGCAUCCCGGAGCUGACUGUGGCAGGAGAUUCUGCCUCCUCCAAACACCCCUGCCCCGAGGGGUUCUUCUGUCCGAACGGGACAGGCCACGACUGGCAGUCCUGUCCAGCUGGCACUUACAGCAGCAUGACUGGACUGAAGAAGGAUGACGAGUGUACCCCAUGUACCGGUGGCCAGUACUGUCAAGGUUCCAACCUGACUACUCCCUCUGGGCAGUGUGACCCUGGCUACUACUGCGUGUCCGGUGUGGACAAGGCUGACCCUGUCAUGCUCGAUGAGAACCAGUGUCCUACUGCAACUGUCCAUCCAAUCAUCGGACACAUCUGUCCAACAGGACACUACUGCCCAUUAGGUACAGAGUAUCCCAUUGGCUGCCCACCAGGAUCCUACAAUGAUUUAACCAAUCAGAUGGACUGUAAGAUCUGUCCUGCAGGGUACUACUGCUUGGCUAACACUACAGACUACCUGCCGUUUGUCUGUCCAUCUGGAUACUACUGUGAGAGGAACACGACUGACCCGAAGCAGUACCCAUGUCCCCCCGGCUCAAUGAACAACCUCACCACACAGCAGACCAUUGCGUCAUGUGUUCCCUGCACUCCGGGCAAGUACUGUGCUGGAGACGGCAACGCCUAUCCUACCAAUGACUGUAAUGGAGGAUGGUACUGUAUAAAUGGCUCCUUUGAGGCACAGCCAUCAUCAAACGGUGGUCGUUGUCAGCCAGGAUACUUCUGCCCCGUUGGGUCGUACGAAAUGACACAAUGUACUCCUGGCAAAUACUGCAAGACUGCCGGUCUGGCUGACCCCACAGGGGACUGUAAUGAAGGCUACUACUGCCCUCUUGGCUCAACAGAGUUCUCACAGGAAACAUGCCCAGUCGGUCACUACUGCCCAAUCGGAUCCCCAGAACCUGUGGCGUGUCGUAACGGAACAUAUGGCCCAGUGGAGAGAUUGCGAUCGGAAGGAGAAUGUGAGGCAUGUGAUGGAGGCUACUUCUGUAAUGGCACAGGACUCAGCGCCGUCACUGGGGAGUGUGAUGCAGGGUUCUACUGUCCCGGGGCUCAGACCAUCCCCAGGCCAUAUGAGUAUCUCUGUCCUGAGGGUCACUACUGUCUGCAGAAGACCGCCACCCCCACACGCUGAUCCGGCUUCUACCAGGACGAGAAGGGGAAAGACCACUGCAACCCCUGCCCUCAAGGUUACUUCUGUGACAACAACCUGGCGCCAGUGGGCAACCUGACUGACCAUGAGUGUCCAGCAGGGUAUUACUGUCCCCCUGAGACCAAGCGAUCCAACCAGUACCCCUGUCCCAGUGGAACAUUCAACAACAAGACUCACAGGGUAAACGCCAGCCAGUGUCAGGACUGCUCACCAGGAUUCUACUGCAAGAGCACUGGUCUGCCUGAACCGGAGGGUCUGUGCUAUGCUGGCUACUACUGCGAGAGUGGGACAGUUGAGCCAAACCCUGCUGCCACUGUCUGUCCUAUUGGAAACUACUGCCCAGAAGGGAGCUACAAGCCCAUCCCCUGCCCUGCAGGAACUAUUGCCACCAGCACCGGCAACACCAACUACACCGACUGUGAACUGUGUAAACCGGGCCAGUACUGUACACCUGACAGCUCAGCGGCAGGUCACAGUGAUCCAUGUGAUGCUGGUUUCAUCUGUCUGGUGGGAUCUGACAUCGCCAACCCGAUAAAUGGCUCCCGGGGAUAUAUCUGCCCUAUAGGACACUACUGCCCCUCUGGGGCCGUCAAGGAGUCACUGUGUGAUAAGGGCACCUAUGCACCAACAGAAGGCUUGGGUGAGUGCUUGCCCUGUCCUGCAGGCCAGUCCUGCCCUCAACUGGGCAUGAACUCCUCUGUUCCAUGUACACCUGGUUACUACUGCCCCAACGGUACUGCCAACGAAGGCACACCAUGCCCAAUAGGUACCUUCAACUCACACGAUGACCUUAGCUCAGUGGAUCAGUGCCAGCCCUGUCCCAGUGGCCAGUUCUGUAAUGACACCGGUUUGAGUAGUUCAAGUGGUCCCUGCAUGGGUGGAUACCUCUGUGUGGCUGGUGCAGCACAUCCCGCCCCUGACGAUGGUGUUAAUGGACCCUGUCCGCCUGGAUAUUACUGUGAAGAAGGGACUGUGAAGGAACAAGCGUGUCCUCAAGGCACUGCCAGGAAUCAAACCGGAGCAGCAGGUGACAGUGACUGUUGGCCUUGCCCACCGGGCUACUUCUGUGAUAUAGAGGCAGGACUGGGCCCAUCAGGGGUCUGUGAGGAGACCUACUACUGCCCUGACUACGCCCGCAUCAACUCAUCCGCUCCGUCGGCCUUCAAGUGUCCAGCUGGAUACUACUGUCCUGAGAGGACUGGAGUUCCCAUUGGAUGCCCCCCUGGUACCUACCAGCCUCAAGAAGGAGCCUCCAGCUGUGAGCCGUGUCCAGCGGGGACGUUCUGUAUGCUCAACACCAGCAUUCCUGAGCCCUGUGAGGUCUUCUCUUACUGUCCCAAUGGAAGUGUGGUACCGACCUUGUGUCCCAAUGGGACAUACACAAAUGUCACAGGAUUGUCUGAUCCUAGUCAGUGUGAGCCAUGUGUCACUGGGAAGUACUGUAUAAAUGGACGAAUCACAGCAGAUUGUGCUGCAGGCUACUUCUGUCUAUCUGGAGUCGGUUCUCCCACUCCCAAUGGGACGCUCUAUCCCAAUGGCACUCUGUGUCCGUAUGGCUACUACUGUCCUCAAGGUACGAAAAUGCCAAUGAAGUGUCCUGAAUCCCGAUUCAUUGACAAGGAAGGAGCCAAGGAUGUGUCUGAGUGUGAUGCAUGCCCUGGAGGUCGAAUAUGUCCCCAGAACUCGACCAUCUCCGAGCCCUGCCUUGCUGGCCACUACUGUCCUGUUGGUCUUCCUAUGAAGGCCUGUCCUCCAACAACGUACAACGAUGAGGAGGGGGGUAAGGAUAUCAGCUGGUGUAAAGCAUGUCCCCCAGGGUACUUCUGCAAUGAGUCUGGGAUGGCUGACUACACUGUGAGCCCUUGUCCCCCUGGAUACUACUGUAUCAACGCUACUACAGGACCUGUCGCCUGUCCCCGGGGAACAUACAGAGACGAAAUUGCUGCAGGGUCUGUGGAUGACUGUACCCUGUGCCCCGCAGGCUUCUACUGUCCAGAGGAAAACAUGACGUACUCCGGAAUACAGUGUGACCAGGGCUACUUCUGUGACUUCGGAGCUCAGAACCAAACCUUGUGUCAUGGAGGGUAUUACUGCAACAUGUCUAUGACCAUGAAGCCAUGCCCCCCUGGGUACUACUGUCCCAACGGCUCCAUCCCCCUGCCCUGCCCCCAGGGACAUUACUGUGGCUCGCAGGAUGAUUGCAACAUGACAGAUGCUGGUGCUAUUGAGCCAAAGAAGUGCCCUCUGGGAUUCAAGGAAUUUGAUGGAUCACCACGUCAGACCUUUGAAGACACAUGCGAGCCUUGCAAACCUGGCACGUUUGGAGCUCAUGAACAUCGUGCUGUAUGUGAUAUUUGUCGGGCAGGAGUUGUCUGCCUUGCUGAAGCCACAACAGACAGACCUGUGUACAAUGACAGCGCACUAGCAGUCGCCAUCGGUUUCCCAGCAACCAACUCUUAUCCCUGUCCACCAGGUUACUAUUGUCCUGCCGGCAGCUUCGCACCAUCGCCUUGCCGCCCUGGAACUUUCCAACCUGAUCAAGAGGCAGGAAGUGUGUAUGACUGCCGAGCAUGCCCAGUGAAUCACUUCAACAACCUGGAGGCGCAGACCGGCUGCUUCACGUGUGGAGGCGAGGCAUCCCAGGUGAACGUAGGCGCUACAUACUGUGACUGUACUGGAUCUGGACGAGAUUUCCAGCCAAGUGACCGCACAUGCCCCUGUAAAGCUGGAUACCUCCAAGUAGAUGGCCUUCAGGACUGCACCAAGCAGGUGUACGACCUUUGUGUCGAGGGGACUUACAGAACACAGACCGGUCAGUGCCUCACAGAGACCCAAUGGCAGACAUACUGCAGUGAAAAGGUGUGUGAUGGUGUGACCAGCUACCGUGGCUUCGACAGGAACCUAGGACUGUGCCUGUGUCGGUCUGAUGAUCUGGAGGUCCUGUGCAAUCUGGAGUGUCGUCGAGCUCAGCGAAAAAGGAUCAAGUUCAUUUGUGCAGAAAAACCACUGGAGACCCACAUAGAGCUAAGGCUCGCAAAUGGAUCUUUAAUUAGCCAGAUUCCAUCCAAGAACCUGCUAACAGCUAUCAACACUCGUAGCGCUAUCACAGAAGACCAGUGUGAGAACCUUGAUGGUAGCGAAAUCCCCAUUCACAUCUGUGAAAUGAGUGAAACUGGUUUCCUCGGUAUUUACGAACCCGACCCUCUGCAGCUCUACGACUGGGUUAACAGCCACACCAAGGGAGACUACACCGGUAACAUCACACAGGACACCGAUUACAACACAGCCAUACUUGGACGUCGACGUCUGCUCGCGACCUCAUCUGUCAACAGCUCACUGUUCACUGGUGUUUCCAACCCAACUGUCUGUCUGACCUUUGGAGAGAUCAUGUUCUUCUAUGUGACAAAUGACCACUACCCAGUUUAUGACAGGAAUAACCUCUACAAUACCAACUCUGACUUUGACUAUGGAGGUUUCCGAGCAUUGAGUGAAGCCCAAGCUCAACUUUCGACGGCAACGACCCUUUUUGCAUACAAAUUUACUGAGCCUGGUGUAUACGUCUUCUACCUCAACUCCAACACGGACAAGAAAAUGUACAUUCGUGUGAUGGCCAGGGAUGCACAGUGCACUGAGGAUGGUCCCUACUUCCCGACCACAUCCCGAUACAUCAUCCAGAACGGAAUCUCAGUGUCACAAGACAUCCUCAAGGCCCCUGAUUGGACAAUUAUCUUCAUUUUGCUCGGAGCGGCAUUCCUGGUCAUGGUGCUCAUGGUCAUACUACUGGUUCUCUUCAGGAAAUACGGUUGGACAAAGACAUCCUAUCUCUUCCCCUUCUAUCGACAUCUGGCUCAGCGCUUCAACUUCGACGACUAUGCCAGCAAGGGCUCCACUGUUCACCCAGUGAAGAAGUACCACAGAAACUUCCAGGCUCUGACGUCUGCUCAGCCAGACAUGGGCUCACAUGCAGCCAUCUUGGAUGCUUCAGCAGUUGAAGUGAAGAAUGAUGAAUUCUGGGACUACGACAGACAAGUUGACCUGGAAUCAUUCAAUGUGAAAACGCUCUAUGACACCCUUUCAAAACAGUCAAGGAGUGUCACUCAGACAAUUGGCAAACACAAGGAUGAGAUGAAACAGUCCUACCAAAGAAUGGCCAAUCAGAGCGAAUCUCUCAAAGGCUUGUGGGCUGCUAAGAUGAACCUGUCGGGCAAGAGUAGUCUGGCGACACAGGAAGAUCUGGCCAGCUAUGAGACCAAGUUGGAAGACUUGGAGAUUGAGCUUGAAAGGAGGAAGGAAGUGGGCAGACGUUUUGCUGCCAUCUUGGAACAACAGACAACACUCAUGACAGAUGAUGAGAAAGGGCGGGAAAACCACCAGGUGAAUUACCAAGCAUGUCUGAGAGAAGGUACACGUGUCCUGAUGGAUCACGCCAGCAGGAUACAGAGAGGGCACCUGCAGGGUGAGGGGGAGGCAAUGGAAGAGCUGCACAAUGCAGUGGACAAGAGAGUAACUCUGCUGCUGCAGAAGAUGUCAGCUGAGGUCCAAGCAGAGUGUCAGAGAAUCGGAGCCUGGGGCAUUCUGGGACAGGGAACUGGAGGACAGAUCGUACAGUCAGGAUCACAGGAACCCAUGAAUAGGAAUGCUCUUAUUGGUUCUAACCAGUCCAUCAAGGCAUCAAACCUUCUUCAGUUUGACUCGAAGACUGGUUUGAUCCGUCCCAAGCCUGGUACUCGUAUGCUGUUGGCAGAUGGUACUGUGAUGGAGAUACCACCAGACUAUUUCUUGCAUCCUCAAACCGGCCGAGUCCUGCCCAUACAAGGCAAUGUUGCAUAUGACCCAAUCACAACAAGACUGGUCUUUGUGGUUGAUUCAGCUACUGGUGAAUCUGCCCGAUCAGAGGAGCCGUACAUCCCAUACGUGCCCUACCCAACCAACCCUCACACCGGUGAACCUGUCAAGACCAAACUGCAGUCACUCGAGAACAAGAGUGACCUUCGACAUGGAGCAGCCAUCUCAGACCCAGCCUGUGGCCUCAAGGUGCCCAUACUAGGAAUGACCAUUCACCCCAAGACUGGGCUGGUGCUCCCUAUAGGUGGAAUCCACACUGAUCCAGUCACGGGUCUGCCAAUACCCAUAGAAAUCGGGUCCAUCAUGGUGGACCCUAAUGGAGGACAGCCUGUACCUAUCCUCUCUGUUGCUAUUGACCAAGAAACAGGAGUGGUUGUACCUGUCGGAGGAACAAAGGCAGGGGACCACGGAGAAAUUCCAAUCAUAUCUGGGGACUCAUUUGUGGAUUCCCUCAGUGGGAAGCUUGUGCGGAUCCAUAGCGGCUACUUGGCGGAUGUGGUGGUGCUGCCCUCUGCUGGUGGCUAUCAGUCACUGCUGGACUCAAGUGUUUUGGCCAUUGAGGCUCGUGUGCAGGAUGCAUUACGAGAAUACAAGGAUGCUGUGUAUGCUGCAGGUCAGGAGAACAGCAAUGUUAGUGUCCGGCAUGAAGAAGCAGCUCUGGAGGCUGCUGUGAAGGAACUGGAGAGAGCCAGAAACAGAAUGAAGUCUCAUCUGCUGAGAACUCAACAUGAUGUUGCACGCCGCAUGGAAAAGGCUACCAUCUUGGCAGCUACCGGGGGAUGUCCUGGUAUGUAUGAGUUCUCCAAGACAGGGCAGCUACUGCCGAUCCUGAUUGGUACAACAAUGAUGGACCCUGCAGGCUCUAAUCAUCGAGUUCCAAUACUUGGUGCCUCAAAACAACAACACACAGGCAGAGUUAUUCCCCUUGGAGGCACAAUGGAGGACCCUGAGGGUGGAGGUCUUGUACCAAUCAACAUCGGACGGAAAGCAGUAGAUCCUGUCACAGGGGACCUGAGUCCUGUCAUCAGCGUAAGAGUAAACCCUGAAAACAAGAUGGUCAUUCCUGUUACCUUGGCAACAGGAGGCCACAGGAAGAAGAAACCACCACCCGGUGCUCUUGCUCUGUUAGAGGAGGAGAUCAUUGCAAGACGUGGCUACUGGAGAAGGCAGCGACAGAAGGAACAUGAACUCACCCAGAAGGAACAUACGCUGACUCAGCAACUCUUGUUUGAAUUGAACACGGUGUCCACUAAAAACCUACAACGAGUCCUAGAAGAUGUUGAUGCUCUUUCACAUCAACUCAAUGAAAAUGCCAAACGUGAAGUUCAGCGUCGUGGAGCAUCACAGCAAGACUACUCCACAGUUAUCCCAUCUGAAAUCAUCAACAUCUUGACAGAGGCAGACAAUUUGGAACGAGAACACGAAGAGGCUCAUGUUAUGGCCCAUGUCAAAUACACAGAUACAGUUAGAAAGUUCUUCACGAAACUGCAGCAGGAGGAGAAGAGAUACAGAGACAGGAUGGAUGAUCUGGAUGGUGCCAUGAACCCUGAGGCAGAGACCACAGCUCUGCAACGCUACCACCAAGGGAAGGCCCGACUCCAGGGUGAACUGCGGGACCAGAUCACCAACAAGCUAGAAAGCCUGGAUGAGGAGCACUCCUCUCUGGAAUAUGCCAGACAGAGGUCAGAGCUCUGCUGUGAGGAGGCGAAGGUUGUGAUCACAAGGAGUGCCCUGCUGGCCGGGGACUAUGACUCUCAGCUGAGCGGCGUGUAUGGAGACUCCGAUGAGACAUCUAGCGACUCAGAACUGAUCCCUCUCAUCAGGCAGCUUAUAGCCAUGUUGGAAUCUGGAGGUCCUUUCUACCUGUCCCCAGAACUCCUCAAUUUGAUUAAGGUUGGAGCUGGUGGAUCAAAUACCAACAUUACAAACCUCAACGUUAAUCAUGGAGCAGCAGGCACUGGUGGUCAUGGUCAAGCUCAAGGUCAAGGUGGACAACGUCAAGGUGGACAAGGACAACCUCCACAUCCAGGUCGUGUUGAGUCACAGCUUGUAAAGAGUUCUGCUGGAACCUCCAGUGGAGACACUCAGACUGAUUCAUCAGUUGUGGCUGUCAUUGGUGACCCCAGCAAACUGAAGAACACUGGAAAACUUAGCGAGGAGGAGAAGAGACAGCAGGAAAAAUAUCUGUUUGAGAAACAAGCUUAUGAGGCAGCUCAGCUGGAAAACAAACUCAAAACAGAGGAAAUUGACAAACUGAACCAACUUCUUGAUGAAUAUGACGCAAAGAAACAGGAGAUGCUGGAUGAGGUAUCAGAGAACCUCAAGAAGAAGAUGUCACAAGUUAAAUCUGAACACGACAAAGAAAGACUUAUAAUUGACCAUGCUGGCAACACACAGAAGCUCAGUGAUUCAUUUGACAAAUCCAAGCAGCAGGAGCUGGCCAACCUGAGAAAAAAACUGGCAGAUCUUAGACGACAGCGGAAGAAAGAUCUCUACAGACAACACAUGAUGGAAGCUAAGAACCAAGGAAUUCCUUCUGAGGGUGUCCCAGCCCAGCAUGUCAAGUCUUUUGAGGACAUGGUGAAGGAAAUGAUGAAGACUCAGCGGGAACAGGAACAACUGAGGACUGAGCUACAGAAGGCAACAGUUGCAACAGCUGAGGAGGAACCUCUCAUGGAUGAUGAGUUUGAAAAGUGGGUGAACUCACUUGACUUGACCCAGGAACAGAAGGAUGCCAUGUUGAAGUCAUUUAGGGAGAGGAAGACAAAUCUAAACCUUGCAGCCAAGUCACUGUUUGACAAGCUGCAUCACAGAAAGGGUCGGGAACAGAUGCAGCAGCCAAGCGAUGAGGAGCUCAAAGAUCUGUCAGAGGAGGACAAGAAGCAUCUUCUGCAAGCAAUGGAAUCUCAGAACGAAGCGGACAGACUUAGAGAAGAAUCCAGUCUACUAAAGGCUUGGAAAAAAUAUGAAAAGGAACAGCAACAGAAAGCCCAAGAGCAGGCUCUUCGAGAGAUGCUAAAGAACACAACUGCCACUGAGCGUGACAGAAUAAUGACCCAGUUCCAUGAUGAAGUCCAUCGCAUGGAGGCCAGGCACCAAGAUCAGCGCAGUGGUGCCAAUGACAAGUUGAUGGCCAAGAUUGCUGCACGGAAGCGCAUGAAAGAGCAACUCACUAAGGACAAGGCAGUGGCCUCUGAACUAGACAGGAUCACUAAGGCUCAUGUGUCAAGUGGCAAUGCUGAAGCUGCUGAGGUGAUUACAGCUGUCAGUGAUAAAUUGAACGGGGACCAGAUGACAUCAGAGCAGCAGAGUCUGAUUGAUGCUCAGAUGGAGAAACAGGCGGUGCUGGAGACUCUCCAGCGAGAAGAGGACCGCAAGAUGAACAACGCCCUUGAUGACGAGAUGUACAACAACUCAAAGAACAUGGGUCAUCAGAUUGAUGAGCAGAAGAAACUGGCACUGGAUGCCUUGAAGGAGAAGCAUGAGAGGGAGCUGGCUCUCAAAGGUGGCAGUCUCUCCGAGGCUGAGAUGCAAAAACUACUGGGCAAACACCGCAAGGAGCAGGAAGCCAUCGAGCGCAACCUUGAGUCUGAGAGGAACAGACAGAAGAAGGCACUAAUGGACAAGAUUGCCCAGCGUCGCCAGCAGAAGAUGCAACAACUGAAGCAGAAGCAUGACCUGGAGAUGUCGGAGGAACUUGUUCAUCAGCAACAGGACAGAGACAAACUCAACGAGAUCAUCGCCAAGGAUGUUGAGGGACGUGCCCUUAAGGACUCCGUAAAGGGCAAGGACGGUCAGGCGGCAGAAAAUAUGAUCUACACAGUACUGAGACAGAGGCACAUGAAGGAGGCCAUCCAUCUGGAGGAACAGCUGGCCCGGGAGCGUGAUGCGGCACUGAAACGAGCUCUGGUGGAAGUCCAGGAAACUAGACAAGCCGAAAGAGACAAACUCACAUCAGCAUUUGAACAGGAGCUGAUGGACCUUGUGGCCAAUGCUGGGUCCAUGUCCCACGCUGACCUGGCCCAGAAGAAGCAGCAGCUCCAGAAACAAGAGGAGAAACAACUUGAGGAGUUUGACCAGCUGACGGCGAAACUGUCAAGUCAGGCAGAGAAGCAGAUGACACCCCAGCUGGAGGUACAGCAGACCCAUGCCCGACUUUCCCUGAAGGAGAAGCAGCUCGGCGACCUGGCCGACGCCAUGAGGAAGUACUCCCCUGUUGAAGCCCUCACUAAGCAGUAUGAGGCAGAGGCACGUAAGGCAGCAGAGGAAUCCAGAAAGUACAAGGAUGAGGUGCUGAAGAAGAUGCAAGCAGAGUUGGAGAAGAGGAAGAAAGAGCAGAAGGAGCGUGAGGAAGAACGCAAGAGGAAGAUUCUCAGUCAGCUCCAAAAACUUGAGAAGGACUUGGAAGAUGAAAUCAACGUUGAGGUGGAACGCUUAAAAGAACGUGAAGCAGAGCAAGCAAGACUCCGCCAGCAGCAGAUGGAAGAGAAUGCCAAGAGACAGAGGCAAGAGAUUGAGCAGUCCAAUGCUAGCGAGCAGGAGAAGGCCAGACUGCUGAGUGAACACAAUAAGAACAUCGAGAAACUGGAAUCUAAUGCCCUGAGUGAGCGGGAACGUCACAGGGCUGCCUUACAGGCCAAGCUGGAAGCCAGGAAGAAACAGCGUAUGGGCGCAGAGGUUGCCAAACUGGACAAACAGUCCCAGCUUGAAGCUGAUGAGGAGAUGAGGAACGAGAUGGCGCAGAAGCAGCAGGAGAUGACCUUGCAGUCUGGAUUCACCUCUCUGCCAAGCAGCACCAGUACAGGUAACAUGGAACAGGACUGGGUGAAUCUAUUGAUGGCGUCGCCUCUUUUCAAGCAGAUCAAUGACCUUGAGGCAAUGUUGGACAAGACCAGCAACAGAGAGUCUGGUCCAGCUACAUCAGACAAGAUACUGGGUGGUGACUAUAGCAAGCCCUACAUUGACGUGAAGGAUGCCCAGUGGUCCUGCAAUGGAGACCUCAAGCCUACAGAUGUCAACACCAUCAGCCCAAGUCAGUUCGUCAUCUACAGGUUUGGCGUGUUCGUCAUCAGGCUGUUGAAGCAGACAAUCGGAACACCCGAGGUCACUCUGCUCCUUGCAUCAAGUCUUCCAAAGAACAAUUACGAGAGGAAUGCUUUCAGGAACUCCAUAUUCUAUGAGCAUUCUCGGAAGAUUUUGUUUGUGAGGAAGGAAAGAAUGGAAUCCAUUGGUGACUUUGUUGUAGUGAUUCUCCACUCCCUUGCUCACAUCAAGGUUGGAGAUAUGACAGAUGACGGAAAUGUCCUCUUUAUGAGAGAGUUCUACAAGGCAAUGAAGAUCAUGUGUCAAGACAUGUUCUUCUCAAGAACACAGAACACAAACCGAGCUCAGUCUCUGAUUGGUUCAUCCACUCCCAGACCAGCUCUGGAGGUGGCGCUGACUGGCGCCAAGAACCCUGAUGAGAGGAUGAACGUCAUCGGGGAGAUGAUUGACAUGAAGGUCGACAGUCCAACCCGAACUGACUUCUCAACCCAGACAAUCACACAGCGAAUGUAUGGCUACCAGGCCAUGGCAAACAAUGCCAGACUGAGACAGUACCUCGCUUCCAAGGGUGGUUUCAUGACAUCAAGCGACAUCAUCAGCAGCCGGAUGUCGGAGUUGCGGGGAGGCAUUCCAAGUCCAUCACAUACCCCACGAAGCCCCUUGAAGCGACGUGGCAUCCCAGCUCUGUCUUCGGUGAAGGAUGUCCUGGACUCCCAGCUGGUGGAACUGCAAACCAACAACGACUCCCUCAAUGCUGAACUUAUGCAGACAAUGAAAACAGAAGCUGAGAUCCGUGCUGGAAUCCAGAAACUGGAGUCUGCAGGAGAUAAUGAACAACUAACGGCAUCACGUGAACAGCUGACCCAAGUACUGAUGAAGAAGGAGACCCUUGUGAAGAAGAUCUCUUACAUAGAAGCAGACAUUGCUCAGAAAGAGAAAGCAGUGAAGAAGAAGAAAUAGACAUUGAGAAGCAUUCAACAGUGAAGUCAUGCUUUAUUUAGAAAUAUAAUCAUCAAAACUGUAAAUCAAAAUUGUUAUAAGUAAAGAGAAAAACAGAUUUUUUGUUUGUUUGAUACAUUGUAAAUAAGUCAGUUCUAUGAUCAAAUGCUAAAAUUGUCCAACAUGUAUUAUCUCUGAAAUACUCAAUAGAUCAGCAUUAGAGUGGUUUCUUUAACAAUGAGUUUUGAGUUAAAGAUUUUUUCUGUACAUAUUUGCAGCAUUAUGUUUAAGAAUGUUUAUUGACAACUGAGCAUUACAAUGAAAAUGUUUUGUAGAUGAAGUCUUCUAUCAGUUUAUCCAACGACAAGAUCUCUUUGAGGUUAAAUGUGAUUUCUGUCUUGUUUUUAAGAUUUAUUACCCUUUGUUAUUAUUUAUUUACAUGUAUGCCAUGUCUUUGAAUGUCAUAUUUUUAUAUACUUUGUCUUUAAUGACACCCCACAGUUCCGUCCGAAUAUGAAAUGACAAUAUGUUAAAAAGAACUGUUGACAAAGCCAUGCAAUAACAAAACUUUAUUGGACGUUUAACACUGUUUUUAUUUUUGUCAUUGUAAAAUGAGUUGAGUUGUAAAUAUGUGAGUUGCCUUACAUGUUUUCUCGUGGAGAAAACAACUGAUACAUUUGCAUUUCCUUAGUAAUAAUCCCAAAUGUGAUAUUUAGCCAAUUUAAUUAUAUUACUUCAGUGGAUAAGGGAUUUAUGUUUUUGUCUUCUUUGACUUGUUUUUAAAUAUUAUAUAUUUCUUUCCGUCCAAGUAUGUAAUACGAGUGAUAUGUCCAGACACUGUCGAUCAAUACAAGACCUUUUAUACAAUCAGAUGAAGUCAUAUUAUUCCAUUGUUUAAAAGCAUUAUUUUUCCAUAUUAAUUUUCUAAGAUGUUAUGGGAUGAAUUUCAUAAAAAGGAAUGGUUUAGUCCCGGUUAUCUCCCUUUUACGAAAUUCUCUCCCCUGUUUAUGAGUCAGUGUCCACGAAGCACAUCUGUGAUUGCUGGGGUUUUCAGCAUUAUGUAUAUUUCCAAAGAAUUCCUUGUUGAUAAGUGCCAGUUUUCUACAAGAUGUAUGUCCUAAAUAUAUAGUUUUGUAUAAGUGAAUGGUUGAGGUUAUGACAGUGCUCAUAUUGACAAAAUGAAAUGUUUUGAUACAUUUGAAAUAAAGUCUAUUUCUUAAUGCAAAA